GUUCCAAAAAUUAUUUUUCAGACACCACACCAGGCCCGCGAUAUAACUAUAAAAGCUAUGCAAUAGCUUAAUAAUCUGUAGUGCUGAUUCAGUAUCGUCAACGGUCUAGAACGACAGUGUACGAAGGCUACGAAAACGACUUGUAUUCGACACAAAUCGACGAACAGAGGGCCUACAACACGCACUGAGAUAUAACAUACAACAAACAGUGCAAUCCAAGCAAAAUAAUUAAUAUAAUCGAUAUGCAUACCUCGUACGUUCCCUUCCACGUCGGCGAUUCCGAUCAUGCGGUCUAAUCACACGAUCGGAUUUAACGCAUAAACGGUACACUCGCGGCGUUUAAAAGACACGCGUUACGCGAAAAACAUCACCUCCGGGUCGAAAAACGCGAAACGGAUCGUCGGAGACGGAAGAAGUCGAAAUAAAAUCGGCAAGAACGUCGGUCGGCUGCCUGUCACGGUUAGCCCGAUUGCGGCCCCAAGGAAACAAAUAAGUAAUAAACGGGCACUCUGCCGGCCGUAAAAACACGGAGUACGCGAAAAACACGAUCGCGCGCGGGGCCGAAAAACGCCACAACAAUCGCCGAAAUAGGCUUUAAAAGUCGAAAACUCGCCGAAAUUUUCGAAAAAAAAACGGCAUAUACAGUAAUCAGAAAACGUCGACGUCAAGAGAGCGCGAUAACGUAAAGCCGGGGACAAAUCUAAUUUUCAAUUGACGGCUUUCUGCCAAAGAUACCAGUACAAGAUCAGCUGUUUUAUUUUAUUUUAUUUUCUUCAAAUAUAAAUCACAAGCAUGAACGGUGUCCGGGUUCUUUCAAUUGUUUCAAUGGUACUGGCCAUUUGUGUCUUAACAUUGUGCGACUGUUCAGAUGAACACUAUGCAAAUACACUGGAGGUUGGAUCUAUUAUUACAUAUGUCGUCGGGAUGGUUUCCUCGGUUACUAGUUGUGUACCAGGAGUUAACAUCGUGUCAGCGGUUUUGGCUGCUUCCGCCGCCGCCAUCAAGUUUACACACACAAUUAACGUAGCUGGAUGCUUGCAGCACAAUGCUGAACACUCUGAUAAGUCAUACAUAUACAGAUGUGAAUAUUGUCCUAAUACCACCGAAGGGACGAUUAAGUAUUGUGCUUCAACUAUGGGAACUAUUAUGGAUACGACGGCAGUUAUGCAGUCGACUCUAAUGACAUUUGAGGCGCUAUCAGCAAUACCGUUUGUUGGAUGUUUCCUGAUGGCUCAGAAAGUUGGUAUUUUGACAGAAUCCUGUGCAAUUCAAUGAAUUGUAAAGGAAUCUAAACUUUGUUUUUAUCCUUUUCUACUCGCCUGCAACUAUUUUGAAAUUUGACUGUACCAACCUAUAGCAUAUUUUAGACUAUAAUAAUGUUCAUGUUUAUAAAAUGUUAUUUUUUUUUUUACUUAUAUAGUUUAAUUCAAAAACAUAAAAUAUACAUUUCUUUUUUUAUUAAUAUCAUAAUUAUCAUAAAUUUAUUUGAGACUUCUUUAUUGUUGCAUUAUGUGUGAACUUUUAAUAAUAAUAA